AUGGGGAUGGGCGAGAGUCGUGGGGUUCAUCGAGGCGGGGAGGAACGAGGGGGCGUGGGUCACAAGGGUCCAUCCAGCGAUGAUGGGUGCGGGCAUAGGAGCCGAGGGUUGGGGGGAUGGCGGUGUUUCAGAGGAGGUUCGGGUGCCGUGGGGUUAGGGGGACGAUGGCAUGGAGGGUCGAGUGCCCGAAGGGUGGAGGGGGUUGGGAGGCCAGAGGGUGGAGGGGGUUUUGUGGGAUGGGGGUGGGCAAUCGGGGGCGACACAGGGGCCGAGGGUCAAAGGGUGGAGGGGGUGGCACGACAGGGGGGUGAGGCUGUGGGUGGUGUGCUGGAGAGGGGUGGGUGUGGGUCAGCCAUUGAUGGAGAAAGGUCGGCCAGGGCAGGGAG